GGAAGUCCAGAACAGAUUUUGAUAAAUUGAGAGAUCGUCGCGGGAAUCAGGUGCUUUAGUUUCUGUAUACGAUCAAGCCGCAAUUCACUUUAUCAAAUCGAGUCAUUCGGUUUGGUUCAAUGAAUCUUAUCUUUCGAUUUGGAGUAUCUUCUUGGGACUUAAGUAUUCUCCAUACCCAGCUUGUUAAAGUACCUCCUUCCCUUAAAAAAUUUAAGUACAAACCCUUCACCACAAUCCAACUUCGUACAAUCACUUCUGAGAAGGUUUACAGCAUAUUUGAACAGGCGAACUGAAGUAGUCUAUGCUUAAAACAUAUUUAAGAUUCACUGCAAAUUUCUUCAAAUCUCUUCAAAGACAGAUCCCCAUUUACGUUUUACGCACUUUGACACGAUGAUCUCCAAGAAUAAUGUCACAAGUGUUCCUCUUCAACAAUUCAAUACAUCUACCUUCCAAGUAGACGACAAACAAAAGAUGGAAAUAGAGCGAAAAGACUACAUUGAACUUGCUCGGUUCCUCUUUGGAAACAAUUGGCUGUUUGCAAAGAUGAUCCUCACUUUCCUCUGCCACAAAAAAUGUUUCCCCCCAUCACUCUCACUCGGAUCUAGAGCCGCAGAAUCUUUGAUUGUUGGGACAAAUCUGGCUGCUGCAUACAUAUCCGACAUAUCUGAAAAUAAGAUGAUGCCUGAAUCCAGAUACACAUCCAUGGAACAACGAAUCAAUCAGAACGAGGUGUAUGAAACGUUGGGCAUUCUUCGAUCUUGGGAAAGCUUUGCUGGAUCUGAGAAUUAUCAACUCGAUGGCUCUUUCAAUCUAUUCAUUACAGAGUUUCGCAGACCUGAUUUUGUUAAUAAAAUCUGGUGCGAUCACCCUUCUAGGACUACAGUCAGUUUUUCAGUCACGAAUCCACCUAGAGUGAUCAAAUUAAUGAAGAUAAUAUAUGAUGAUGCCCAGUGGGAAUACACCAAACUCGCUCUCGAAUGGGGCUUCACUCGAACAAAUUACACAGAAACAAAGAUAACUCGACUUCACGCAGAAGGAUGCAAAGUAGCCGAGGAAUACAGGCGUCUACUAACCUCCAGAAAUGUUGCAGAAGAAGAAGUAAAUAAAGCCUUGCGUAAGUAUCUUGAUGAGAGGUGUUUCGAUAUCAACGAGACUGAUGUGGAAGCCACAUUUGAUGUUGUGCAGGCUUGGGACUACUAUAUGUCACAAAAUGGAGACAAAAUUUCCAAAUUCUUGGAGGAUGUCGGGAAUAUUGACAGGGAUUAGGAAACAUGGCGAGAGAUACAGUGGAGUUUUGUGAGAGCACUAGUGUGCAUUUGAUACUUCAACGCGAGAUUUUUUAGUGUGAAUUAUUCAAAUUCUUUAACAAUCA